AUGGCUAGCUCAACAGCAACAAUCACCGCCAACCCGGCUGUCCAGUUGCCCCAUGACUCCGGGAGCAUCCCGGUGAAUGGAGCACCCUCCAAGCCCGCCCAUUCGACCUCCGGCAACCCUGUUCUCUCGUUAACCGGAGCCGCCUCUCCCGAGGCGAAAGCCGGGGUAGCCUCCCCCGAGACGAAAGCCACGCGCGUGAGAGGUACCGACAGCGGCAGAAGAAAAAGGCGCGUGAAAACGGAGGACACCGUUCCCGGCCCGACUGUCGAGGACGAGAUUCAGCAUGUGCCUGAACUAGAAGAUGAGAUUUACAGGCUUGUGGAGAGGGGGAGGCUCGCAAACAACAAAUACAACCAGGAGAGGAAUAAGUCGAAGAAAGAGCUGGCCGAUGCAUUGGAGAAGCUGGCCGCUGUGGAGACCGCCCGGGAGGAUCUGGAGAAAAAGCUGGUGUCUUCCAAGGCGGAGGCCCGGGGUCUAAUCGAGGCGAAGCAGAAUUUGGACAAGGAGUUGGCCGCCGCGAAGCAAGACGCAGCUUCCACCGCGGACGCUCGAAAGAAGUUGGGAGAUGAGCUCGCUGAAUGCAAAGCAGUCCUUGGGUUUUCCACGGCGGCCAAAUCCAAGCUUCAAAAGGCGAACGAAAAGCUCGGAAAGGAACUGGAUGCCGUGAAGACUGAGUUGGCUGGACUGGAGAACACAAGGGAAAAACUGGAGAAGGAUUUGGCGGCUGCCAACAAGGGCGCCCAGGAUUUGGGCAACACCAGGGCCGAGAUGGAGAAGGAAUUGGCGACAGCAAAGGGCCAAGCGGCCGCAAUUACCGAGGCUAAGGGCAAAGUGGAGGCGGACCUAGCUGCCACCAAGGCUGAACUGGCCCGGGUCGGGGACGCAAAGGAGAAGCUGCAGAGAGAACUAGGUGAGAAGCUUAUCCGGGCUCUACAGGCCAAGGCCGAGGUGGACAUACAACUCAGCGCAGCCAUGAACGACAAAGCCAGAUCCGACAGGGAAUUAAGCCUUCUGAUAGAGUCCAAGGCUCGGACGGAGGAGGAACUGGGCGACCUCAGGGCCGACAACGCUGGGCUCGUGGCAGACCUGAAAGUGGCGGACGCAGACUGCGAUGCACUCGAGAAACAGGUCGGGGAUCUCAAACGAGAGAAGAAGGCCCUGAUGGGCAAGUUGGCAGCAAGGGAACGGGUGGUGCAAAAAGCCUAUGAAAUGCUUGAGCGUGGCAAUAGGCGUUUCAGCGAAGAUGCUUGA